CCCAAUCCAGUAGCUCAUGUUCCCUCGAGCUGAUAGGGUGUGUGUGGUUUACCGUUGGGUCGCCAGAGUUUGAGCGACGCUCUCGCCUGUCCUCUCGGGAAGACUUGCUGUAUACAGAGACGUUGCGAAUAUACUUUCCGUUCAUUUCCACGCGUUCAUAAGUGAUUUGAUAAAUGAGGCAUUGAAAAGAUUUCAGGCUAUUUUCAUUCGAGGAAACUUGAUGUGUAAUUAAACGGAAAUUAAUUGCAUAUUUUUGAGUGGUACAAAAUGAAGACGUUCCUCGUGUUGUGGACAUUAGCCGCAACAGCUUUCGUCAACGCCAACGAAGAGACGUACGAAUACGAGUAUGACCAGCAUAAUACUUACGAAGACCAUGUCGAUGCCCAUCACGACGACGACCCACCAAUGUUUACAGCCUCUGCCCAGUACUUCUCCGUCGAAGUCAAGGACGAUAUUACUUUCCCAUGCGAUGCCAAGAAUAUUGAGAACGGGAUGCUUAUAUUCCGCCACAUUUUGCCGAAGGGAGAACAUCGGACACUAUACGUUGGAGAUAUGUCACUGAACGCGAAAGGUUACACGCUGGUGAAAUCUGGCAACUCUUUCAUCCUGAGCGGCGUGGCAAGGAGACAUGCAGGCAAAUACGAAUGCAGGAUUGAAACCAUUCCUGUUACCAAGCUUACACACACGUUGGAUGUCCAGUACCCAGCGAAGGCGAUAAGAGUAAGCCCUGAGGUUCAGCGUGUGAGGAAGGGAUCGAGUGUCACCCUCGAGUGCAGAGGACUAGGCAACCCUAAGGCAGCCAUCAGCUGGAGUCGAAAGAUGGGACAUCUGCCUUCGGGAGAGCAGGCCGAGGAGGGGUCGAGUUUGACCUUCGAAAACAUCGACCGACACGUCGAGGGUGUUUACAUCUGCACUGCUGCCAACGGAAUUGGGAAUCCCUCUUCCACUACGAUGACAGUCGAGGUCGAAUAUCCUCCAGAGAUUAUAGCUGAACAGGCAACCUUACACACGGACGAAGGGGACGAGGCUAAGCUGCUGUGCAUCGUCCACGGGCGGCCGACCCCAACGGUCACUUGGAUGAGAAACGGCAAACCUCUGAGUACCGACACUCACAUUCAGGAACACGACGGCGCUCAUCGGCACACACUCACGAUCAGUAAAGUGACGAUGGAAGACUUCGGGAACUAUACUUGUUCUGCUUCGAACGCGUUCGGCGAGGAAGCCCGGACCCUAAAGAUAACAGGGGUCCCCAAAUCUCCUACAAUCACCAGCAGCCCUGCCGGAGGGGAAAGAUUUUCGUAUACUGUCACCUGGGAAACAGAGAGCUAUUCACCUGUCAUCCAGUAUCGUCUCUCCUACAAGAAAUCACAGGAAAACCAGAACAACAUUUUCCAGAAGAAGGCCUGGAUUCACAGGUUGUACACACCACCAACGGUGCCAGGCGCGCUCCAAAUCCCCAAGUCGUCCAUGGGUCCCAUUCGUUCCAUGAGCCAUACUCUUCGGGAUUUGGAGCCAGCAACAGACUACGAGAUCUUCAUCUCGACAGAAAACAAGUUUGGAUGGUCCGAAAACUCCCCAAUCUUCCACUUUAACACAAGGAAGGAACAUGCCAUUGGCCAAUCAGCAAGUGGGAGCUUUGGAAACGCUCCCGACGCAAUACUGAUGAUGACUUCUUUAUGGGCGUUCAGUCGGUUGUCUUAGGCUAUGAUAUAGACAGUUAUGCCAAACUGCAACAUGUGCUAAGAACAAAUUCCACAGUAACGGUGUCUUACAAUAAGCCAUUUAAUAUCUCUGUCAGGUGGUCAACGUGAGGAAGUUCCCAGAGGACUGGUGAAAGAAGUAAUGAAAGAGGGUCUGUAGGAAAGAAUGCACAGAUAUUGGUGGCAGUGUCUCUGGAUUGAUAUAAAAUAUCAAAGAUAAUCCUCGAUUUUUUAACGAUUUGAUACAGAAAAGCCCUUCCUGUUUUAUAUUUCGCAGUCAUUCUUCUUCAUUAUAGCUUUUCUUGUCGAACAUGAUUUUAUUAUUUGGAGCACCUAAAUGAUACCUGUUUAUAUAUAUGAAAAAUAUCCAUUCUUUUAAUUUGCACUUUAAUUGCUGGUAUUGAUAGGACGAAUCUUCUCCUUGGAUUUUGAACAGCUGACGGCUGAGACAUCAGGCUAACACUCAUCAUAUAUAUAUCUA